UGUAAAAGAGAGGAGGAAGGAAGAGGAGGGACCGGCCAGGAAAGCUCAGAGUAGGCUUCUGGAAUGAUCACAUCUGAAAAUGAACUGUCUUUUCACUGGGCUCCAAAGUGCAUUUAGAGGUGCCCAGCCGCUCCCUCCUCUCCCCAAAAUAAAAGCGAGCAGGGUGUGCCUCGUUUGGAGCUCCCCCUCUGCCGGUCACUGGGCCUCAGUUUCUCCAGCUGUCUCACAGGAGGAAAGGCAGGCCAAAGCCGCAGGGGACCUUGCCAGGCCCCACCCGGUUUCCAAGGAACUGGGCGCGCAGUCGAGGUACCCCUCCCGCGCCGCCAAAGGGUUCCUCCGAAGCCUGUGGUCAACCCGCCGCUUCCUGGGAAGCCCAAGCUAAGACCAGGGACAGCGACAGGCAGAGAGGGAUGCGGAGGCGGCCAUCUAGAGGCUCCGGGACGAGGUGGGCAGGGCGAUGGAGGCAGCAGUCCCGAGGGGUCCCAGCGCACCCCCGGACGCUAUGGCCCACCCCUCCGGCCGGCCCUGCGUGUAGGAUGGUAGCACACAACCAGGUGGCAGCCGACAAUGCAAUCUCCACGGCAGCAGAGCCCAGACGGCGGCCAGAGUCUUCCUCCUCCUCCUCCUCCUCCUCUUCCACCUCCUCGCCCUCGUCCGCGGCCCCGGCGCGCCUGCGGCCCUGCCCGGCCGCCCCGGCCCCGGCCCCGGGCGAUACGCACUUCCGCACGUUCCGCUCGCACGCCGAGUACCGGCGCAUCACCCGCGCCAGCGCGCUCCUCGACGCCUGCGGCUUCUACUGGGGGCCCCUGAGCGUGCACGGAGCGCACGAGCGGCUGCGCGCCGAGCCCGUGGGCACCUUCCUGGUGCGCGACAGCCGACAGAGGAACUGCUUCUUCGCCCUCAGCGUGAAGAUGGCCUCGGGCCCCACGAGCAUCCGCGUGCACUUCCAGGCCGGCCGCUUCCACCUGGACGGCAGCCGCGAGAGCUUCGACUGCCUCUUCGAGCUGCUGGAGCACUACGUGGCGGCGCCGCGCCGCAUGCUGGGGGCCCCGCUGCGCCAGCGCCGCGUGCGGCCGCUGCAGGAGCUGUGCCGCCAGCGCAUCGUGGCCACCGUGGGCCGCGAGAACCUGGCGCGCAUCCCCCUCAACCCCGUCCUUCGCGACUACCUGAGCUCCUUCCCCUUCCAGAUCUGACCGGCCGCGCACCGCAGCAUUAACUUGGUCGCCCUUUUAUUAUUUUCUAUUAUUAAUUAUUAUUUCCCUGGACCAUGUGGGUGCCCUCCCCACCUGGGUUGGAGGGAGCUGGCGUAGGGGGCGAGGCGCCUCCUGCCCUGGGCUGGAGACCAGGCCGCAGACCCCUCCCCAACUCUUGAGGGUGCCCCCUCCUGGUGCUCCCUCUGGGUCCCCCUGGUUGUCGUAGUAGCUUAAUUUAAAACUGUACGUGGGGCCAGGGCCUGAACUCGUACCUCCUACCUCUUCAUGUUUACAUAUAUCCAGUAUCUUUGCACAAACCAGGGGUUGGGGGAGGGUCUCUGGCUUUAUUUUUCUGCUGUGCAGAAUCCUAUUUUAUAUUUUUUACCACCAGUUAGGUAAUAAACUUUAUUAUGAAAUUUUUUUUUUUUAAGAAAAAAAAAAGUUUCUAGAGCGUGUGCUUUGGUCAAAGGUUUUCCACGGUUCUGAGUGGGUCUGGGUUCCUAAUAUUGACCUGGGUGUGGCUGAAGGUGGUGUGUGGCCGAAGGUGGUGUGUGGCCCCCCAGGUUCUGUGGCUGGGAACCCCACAUGGCUUCACCCUCAGCUCUUAGACGGAGAGGAACCCUUGGUCUAGUUUUGGUACUGUGUGUCUGGCAGAAGGGCACUUUGUGUCUGAGUGCUUAAUGUCUGCCAGGUCCUAUUCCGUACUUUAUUUACAUAUGCUUAAAUUUACUUAAUCUAUAAAGACUACCCUAUGAAGCAAGGCUCUUAUCCCCAUUUUAUGGAAGAGAAAACCGAGGCAGGGUAAAUUUGCCUGUGGUCAUUCUGGUGUUAGAG